CUAAAACUCUUUUUCGAAAAAAAAUUAAACCAUGAGAUAUUACUACAGUUCCUAAAUUAAUACUUUUUCUAAACAUUUUUUUAUAUUACCACAAAAUACAACCCUGCGAAGCUAUAAAUUAUCUCUCAUAUUGGCGCUUACUUCAACUUUUUAAAGCAAACGCAGUUUUACUAUAUUUUAUUGUAAAUUUUUUCUAAAUUAUUUCUUUAAAAAUGAAUAAUGGUACUGAAAGAUAUGUUGUGCAUGUGGAGGUACAGUUCGUGCGAUGUGAUAGGACAACAGCUUCCGAGGAGUCCACGUUAAAGACUUUGCUGACGGAUAUGAUUAAAACUGAAAAGCCUGCUCCAAACAAAUGUUUUCCAUCAAAUUUGUUAGAAAAUAAUAAAUUGAAUUUAGUUAAAUCUGUUUAUAUUGAUUGUGAUACUGAAGAAGACGAAUUGAUAAUAGAUAAUAUCGAUCAAAAUCUUAUUUUUCAUUUCUAUUCGGCCAUUAAUCGGCCUAUGGAAACUGAGUUAUUUGAGAUAGAUGGCCAAGGUGAUAUGGACGCUGUGCCAACUUUUCAUCACUGGAUAUUGCCAUCAACAGCCUUUGUUGGUUUGUGGGAAACAUUAAUUUAUGAGCAGGGACUAAAAGAAAAAUUAUUGAAUUUUGCAUUUUCUGCUUUAUUAUUUUCGGAACAUAAUGUUAAUCAAAAUGUGAUAGCCUGCAAUCGUCUUAUAUUGUUACACGGACCACCAGGCACUGGCAAGACUAGCCUUUGCAAAGCAUUAGCACAAAAAAUUGCUAUAAGAAGUGUAAAGAAAUAUCGUCACACGCAUUUAAUAGAAAUUAACAGUCAUAGUUUAUUUUCUAAGUGGUUUUCCGAAAGUGGUAAAUUGGUAAUGAGUUUGUUUUCCAAGAUACGUGAAAUCGUUGUGAAUAAAGAUAAUCUAGUUUGUGUGUUAAUCGACGAAGUUGAGUCGCUAGCUUUUGCUCGUGAUUCGAUGUCUUCACAGGAACCUAAAGAUGCAAUGCGUGUAGUAAAUGCUUUGCUUACACAAUUAGAUAGUAUAAAGGAAUAUCCCAAUGUGUUAAUACUAGCUACAUCCAAUCUUGCAAAGACAAUUGAUGACGCGUUUAUUGAUCGUGCUGAUGUAAAGCAAUAUAUUGGUUUGCCCACCAAAAAAGCCAUCAGGAAAAUCUAUGAAACAGUACUUCUAGAGUUGAUGCGAGUAGAAAUAUUGGAAGAAGUAGAAUUGUUUCCUGGCUAUAAACAGCAAAUUGAGGAAAUAGUAGAGCAGAGCAGCGGCUUAAGUGGACGAAGUAUACGUAAAAUACCACUUUUAGCACAUGCUUUGCACUUAGCAGAGAAUCCAAACGGAUUUUCACAAAAACUAAGUGUAACUAAAUAUCUAAACGCCGUUAAGGAAGCAUUAGUAAAACAGCACAAUGAUAAUAAAGCCAUUGAUAGAUAAGUGCUAUUAAAGGUUACAAUUUUUUCAUAUUACCAUUUGACUGCUCCUCAUAAAAGGAAUUUUUAUUAAGAACUGAUGUUAAACUAACAAAAAUAAAUACUUCAAUGAAGAAUUUUCGUGGCACAGCAAA